GGGCCCUUCGACGGGAGUAGCCUGCGGCGGCGGCGGCGGGCGGAGCGCAGCGGCGCGAUGGACCCGCCAGCUCGUCCUCCUGUCACCCGCCCACGGGCUCGAGCCCGCCCGCCGCCGCCGGAGACGCUGCCCACUGCGGGCUUCGACGACGAGCUGUACGACAGCCUGGACUACUACUAUCUGCGUGACUUCCCGGCAUCCGGAGCUGGCCGCAGCAAGGGCCGGACGCGGCGCGAGCAGCAGCUGCGCACCAACUAUCCGGUGCCCGGCGGCCACGAGCGCAAGGUGGCACAAAUACUGAUCAACGCGCAGCGUAAGCGGCGCCAGCGCCAGCUGCAACCGCGGCCGCGCACACGCCUCGCCUGAGAGGGAAACCCGAAAGACCUGUUGAAAGUAUUUUCAGCUGUAACUGAGUUCCUCCACGUUAGUCUGCAGGUCUUUUCUUUUGACAGUUUUUAAGUUUACCACUUCAAUCUUUUCCUCACUAAUAGCUAUUAAGUAAGUAGUUCCCAAGUGGGUAUGCCUUUUUAGGGUUUUCAAUUAAAAGAGAACAGCAAGAAUGCA